AUGGAUUUGGACAUCCUGUUUGAUGGAGAGUACGAUGAUUUCAUGCAGAAGAUCAAUCUUUGCUAUGGAAGAGAGCAAGCUUUGGAUCUGUCAUCUAAACCCAUCCACCACUCUACAACAGAAGCCGGAGUGGAUCAAAAACGAUCUGUAACCUUCACUGAAGCUCAGUCAGAGGCAUCGUCUUCAAAAUCUGAUCCUACACCGAUUACAGCCCAGUGCAGCAAAAAGAACAUCCCCGCAGAAGAUAGCAAGCACGCAACCAAUAAAUCUGCUGUGAAGUCAUCGCCUACUAUUAUUGUGGCAGAUCUCCAUAGUCCAAUCUCUUCUCACCAGAUUGAAACACUUGCUACUGGAAAGGAUACAAAAAAGGAAGAGGAUUCAGAGCCAAAGCCAGCCCUUGCUCAUAGUACUUCUCCAACGACGCAACUUUCUGGCGCUGAGGACUUCACAGGCUUAGAAACAACCAGCUUAUUGCAGCAUGAAGAUACUGUGCUUCAUAUAAGUGAAGACAAUGGGAUGGAGAAUCCCCUUCUUUCCAGCCAGUUCAACUUCACCCAAGUCGAGAUGGGUCAAACUGAUGUUGGCCUGGAUGAAUCACAUGUUUGACUUGAAAGAAACAUACGUACAGUAGAGGAAGUUUCCUCUAAUCUUCUUAGCUCUCUAUAAGUAAUGUAAGUAAAGAAAGAGCACUUUAUAAACAAUGGGAGAUGUCUCAUAUCCUGUUGGCGGGUGAAUAUAUUUCAUAAUUCAUAAGUUAUGCCUUUGGGAGAUCUAGUUAGACUCAGGACCCAAUGAAUCAUUGAGGAAUAACUUGGAAUGUUCUUAGACACAGAACUGAAACAUGACAUAGGAAUCUUCUGCUUCUUAGACUCUCCAGUAAAAUAUUACAUUAAACAUGACAGGCAGAAAACGAGUAUAAACUUUUAGAAGGCAGGCCACAUUGAGAUCUUAAAGGUUUAUUUUUGUAAUCUCAGAUGGGAAACAGAUACACAGAGUAUAUUUAUCGCAAACAUGAAUAGAAAUCACGCUACAGGAAAAUUUCAGGACUAUAUAUUUCAGUCAACAUAGGACACAAUUUAUUUUCACACUUAUAUAAGUCUGCAGGUGUUUGUGAAUCUGUGAAAAAAAACAUAACAUAUAUGCAUUAUGUCUCUGUUUGAACUACAUAUCCAACGGAUGAUUUGCAAUCUAAAUGAAUAUGAAUGUAAUCAUUAAUGUUCAAGUAAAUAAUCACCCUUAUAUUCUGAUGUCAUGUUGCUAUAAAUUAAUUUUAAGUUAAUAUUUAAAGGGUUCUAAAUUGGAUAUAGUAUUAGCCAUACAUAUAGCCUAUCAUAAGGAGAAUAUAUAUAUAUAUAUAUAUAUAUAUAUAUGUGUGGUCUUUUGAAGCUAUGCAGCAAAAGGAUUUGGCAAAAUUAAAGUUUUUACUGUUCUCAUUAACUCCCCUUGCUUUAAACCAAUCUAACCUCAACAUGCUGGGACAUAAUGCUUUCACUGUUGUUAUUGUUAAAGUUAAUAUAACUGUAUACCCCUUUUUAAAUGUUGCUAAAUCUAUGAUUUGAUU